UUCACUAUUCAGUUUCCGAACGGCCGUCGGGCGGCUUGGUCGUGUAACGUUUUUAAUUUUUUUUUAUUUAAAUUUUAUUUUUGAUUAUCAAAAUAUUACCAAGUGUCUGUGAUAUACUAUAAGGUGUUAGUUUAGUUACGUUUCUGCGAGCCGUUUAGAUUGAAGACGGAGAGACAUGUUUAUAGACGAGAAUGAUACGCCGGACGCGUGGUGGGUGUCGGCGGCGCUGCGCACCAUCCGCGCCGUGGUGCUGGUGUUCGACGUGCUCACCUUCCCGCUGCACCUGCUCGUGCAGCGGCCAUGGAGGAAACGCGCCCAGUCGCGCCGCAUCAAGGCGCGCAUUAUAGAGUCUAACGCGGACAGCAUCACAGUGCGCUCGAUCUCCGCGCCGUGCGACCUGCACCUGCGGCUGGUGCGCGACGGCGUCAACAGCAUGGAGUCCAUGCUGCGUGCUGCGGCCGCGCGCUGGCAGGAGCGGCGCUGUCUCGGCACGCGCACGGUGCUCAGUGAGGAGGACGAGCCGCAGCCAAAUGGACGCGUCUUCAAAAAGUACCGCAUGGGCGAGUACGUGUGGCGCUCGUACACGGACGUGGAGCGCGAGGCGCGGCAGUUCGGCGCCGGGCUGCGCGCGCUGGGCGCCGCGCCGCGCCGCAACGUCGUCAUGUUCGCCGAGACGCGCGCCGAGUGGAUGCUGGCGGCGCACGGCUGCUUCACGCAGAGCGUGCCCGUGGUGACGAUCUACGCCACGCUGGGGGACGAGGCGAUCGCGCACGGCAUCAACGAGACCGAAGUCUCCACCGUCAUCACGACGCACGAGCUGCUGCCCAAGUUCAAGAAGAUCCUGGCGCGGACGCCCCGCGUGGACACCAUCAUCUUCAUGGAAGACCAGCUCAAGGAGACGCCGAGGGACGGCUUCAAGGAGGGCAUCCGGAUCGUGGCUUACAAGGAAGUGCUGGAAUUGGGGAAACAAUCCAAGAUUGAGGGCGUGCCGCCGGCGCCGAGCGACACGGCCAUAGUGAUGUACACGUCGGGCUCCACCGGCGUGCCGAAGGGCGUGAUCCUGUCGCACCGCAACAUGGUGGCCACGCUCAAGGCCUUCGCCGACGCCAUGCCCAUCUGCGAGGGCGACGUGCUCAUGGGCUUCCUGCCGCUGGCGCACGUGUUCGAGCUGCUGGCCGAGAGCCUCUGCCUCAUCGGGGGCGUCCCGAUCGGCUACUCCACUCCGCUGACCAUGUUGGACUCGUCCAGCAAGAUCAUGAAGGGCACGAUGGGCGACGCCACCAUACUGAGGCCCACCUGCAUCACCACUGUGCCGUUGAUAAUGGACCGUAUCAGCAAGGGCAUAACGGACAAAGUGUCUCGCAGCGGGCCCUUCGCCAGCGCCUUCUUCAAGUGGGCCUACGCCUACAAGCAGGGCUGGAUGCGGCGCGGCUACGACACGCCCGUGCUCAACCGCGUGGUGUUCAAGAAGGUGCGCGCGCUGCUGGGCGGGCGCGUGCGGCUCAUGAUCUCGGGCGGCGCGCCGCUGGCGCCCGACACGCACACGCAGGUGCGCCUGUGCCUGUGCUGCGACGUGGUGGCGGGCUACGGCCUCACCGAGACCACCUCCUGCGCCACCGUCAUGGACCCGCUGGACAGGUCGACGGGGCGCGUGGGCGCGCCCGCCACGGGCACGGACAUCAAGCUGGUGAACUGGGUGGAGGGCAACUACCGCGUCAACAACAAGCCCUACCCGCAGGGCGAGGUGGUGAUAGGCGGCGACAGCGUGGCGGAGGGCUACUACAAGAACCCGGACAAGACGCGCGAGGAGUUCGUGGACCUGGCGGGCCGGCGCUGGUUCCGCUCCGGCGACAUCGCCGAGCUGCAUCACGACGGCUGCAUCAAGAUCAUCGACCGCAAGAAGGACCUGGUGAAGCUGCAGGCCGGCGAGUACGUGUCGCUGGGCAAGGUGGAGGCCGAGCUGAAGACGUGCCCCAUCGUGGAGAACAUCUGCGUGUACGGCGACAGCUCCAAGACCUACACCGUGGCGCUGCUGGUGCCCAACCCGCGCCACCUGGCCGAGCUGGCGGCGCGCGUCGGCCGGCCGCCCGCCGACUUUGACGAGCUGUGCCAGGACAGUGUCGUGGAGAAGGCCGUCGUCAAGGAGCUGGCCGAGCACGCGCGCAAAUGUGGGCUGGAGAAAUUCGAGGUGCCGGCGGCGGUGAAGCUGUGCACGGAGGUGUGGUCGCCCGACAUGGGGCUGGUCACGGCCGCCUUCAAGAUCAAGCGCAAGGACAUCCAGGAGCGGUACAAGGAGGACAUCAAGCGCAUGUACGCCUCGUGAUCUGACCUCCCCCCCACCACCACCACCACCGCGCGCCUCCGUGAGGUCGCGCCCUAAAAAAUAUUUUUUUUUUUGGGUAGAUUAAAAAAGUUGCGAACGUGUUAGUGUAGGCCGAGUCACGUAAAAAGAGCAUCUUCUUUAUAAUAAUUUUUUAUUGUUUGUUUUAGGUUGUGAUGAGCAAUUAUGUGGCGUUUUCAGUGCACUUGUAGAGAUAGUUGAAUUGCCAAAAUCAAUUUAACGUAUUAAAUUUGGUGAAUAGUGAUAGGUAUUUUUUAAAUUAUUAAUUUAUUUAUUGGAAACUAGUAUACCUCAAUAAUAUUCAUAAAUUUGGAAAACGGUGUUUUUGAAACGUCAUUACAUCUGUAAUUAAAAUUGUAGCGUUUUUUGUAAUGAGUGUGGGGUGAGAAUGUUAUUUAACUUGAUUUUUUAAAUUAAGUUUGUAUAUUUUAUUACUAAACUCUUCAAAUUAUAUUUUUAUCUAUAAAAAUACAUUUAAAAAAAUGUAUGAGUUUACGGCACAUUUCGUAAAAUACUAACGAUCUCGUAAAUUAGUGUUGUCGUACAAUGCACUGUUCGAUGUACUCUUUUUACGUGACUUGAUUUAUACGCAGUGCGAUUGAAACUUCAUUGUUGCACUUGUGAUCGUGAAUAAUUGUUUGCUUACGUAAUGACAUACGUAUUUGCGUUAACAGUUAAUUGUUUACAUAAGUAAGUGUUUACUGGCAGUGAAGUUUCAUUCGCAUAUGCAAUUGUUUUGCAUGUUACUCGUGUAGAUAGAUGUUUCUGUAAAUUUUAGCUUCUCCGAACCAAACGUCGAGAUUGUACUGAGUUUACACUUCGUUAGAGUUAUUUGUAUAUUGAGCACAUCACAUUAAUAGGAGAUUGUAUAAUAAAGAAAUUAAUGAAUAUCCUGUCAUGCCAACCUUUGAGAAUUCCUAGAUUUAAUAUUGAAUAUAGUCCGGUUCAAAAUGGUGUGGAGUGAAAUAAUGGUUUUGAAAUUUAUUAUUGUGAAUUUGGGGAAUGACAAAAUAAAAACUAAACAGUAAAAAGUCUAAUUAUAGCGUAAUUAAUAAAAACUUUUAAUUUUUAUAAUCAAGAUUUAUUUAUACUAUAAAUCAAGUAGGUCUAGCUUAAAGGUUUUUUUUUGUUAUGUUUUUCGUUUUAAAAUUUCAUAACCAGGUGUUUUUAAGAUUUGAAUAAAAAAAUAUUUCCCAACAUACAGACAAUUACUACUAAAGGAAAAAGCAGGUGUUAGAUAGUUUCUCCACGUAAUUUUGAACCUGAUUAUAACUAGCGGAACUUUAGUUUUAAAUAAUUGUUAGUUUGAAACUUAAAAAUAAAAUAAUGAAAAAUUUAAACAUGAUUUACUUUCGGUCCACAGUUUCUAUUUGUUAAAUUUUUGAUAAGUCUUGUACAUAUUUAUUUAUGUUUAUAUUAAAAUUUGUAGUCUGUAUCAUAUUUUACGUGUAAUUUUACGGGGUACAUGACUAAUAUUACAAAAAUCAAAAAAGACAAAAUGCUUAAUAUUGAAAAAAUACUAGCACUACAUGGUUUACAGUAGACAUCUUAACUUUACUUUACGUCUCCUUUUUUAUAAAUUGAAAUGGAUGUUUUUUAAUCAAUAUUAAUUUUUUAAAAUAUCUUGAUUGAAUAAAAAUAAGGCAGAUCACAAACACAGAUAUUUAUAUUGUGUGAUUUUAUAUCUGAUAAUGCAUUUUACGGCCUAUACACCACGAUAGUGUAAAAUAUGUUAUAAAAAGUUAAUAAUUAAUUUUUCAAGUCAUGGACCCUUGUAACGUCGAUAGAUUGCUUAUCUUGUCAGAAAUUAGAAUGAAAUUAUGAUUAAAUGAAUAUAAACUAAUUAGAUCUGAUGUCGAUCGGUCGUUCGAGCGACAUUUUACUCGUUAUGUAUAAAAUAUAACGCUGUCUACUUGUUCGAUUCAGUAUGAACUGGUGUUGAAGCUGACCGCACAUACACAGUGUCGCUAGUCGCUGAGUCUAGUCAAUAAUGCACGAAGCGAUUAUCUAGAACUUUUACAAAAAGGAGUCUUCAUUCUCCAAAUUUUAAUUCGUUAAAAUUUUAAAAUGAUUGUUUGUAAAAUAUUUAAUGAUUGUAUCUACUACGUUUACGUAGAAAUUGGAGAUGAAAUAUUCCUUUUUGAACAAUGUAUUUCAAUAGAUCAGAACAACAUCUGUCGCUCAUGCAUUUUUCCUUCAAUUGAUUUUUAUCAGUUUGUUGCCUGGAAUAUACUGUGUUGCUUGCAUUCGAGAAACUCUUCUUGUGUAAUUUAACUUUAAGCAAGUAGCGCGAGCGACUUCCUACAAAUGUGCGGGCACCCUUAAUACACGUUAAGAAAUUGCAAUCGCAAUGUUUUUAUUAUUAUAAUGAUUAUUCGUGGACAUUUUUGUAUAAAACUCGUUUAAAUUAUAAAUGCAAAUAGAUAUUAUUUGUAGAAUUGAAUGUCACACUGUAGAUAGGGACGGCAGCGGUGUUCGCGUUACGGAACGCUUGUUUGAGCCUUGAACGGAUUUAACAUUUUCAUGUUUGUGAUGUAUAUAAUUGUAAAAGUUUAAGAAAUAUAUAAUUAUACUGGAGGCUUAUAUGCCGUCUUGAAAAAACAAAGUGUGAUAUAAAGCUGAAUAUGGAAAUAAUCUUUCAAUAUUAUUUAGUUUUACUAUAGAUAUUUCAGUACUUUUCCAUCUAUUUAAUUUUUUAGUAUGAAAAGUACAGUAAAAUAUUUGAUAAUAAAAUCUUAAUAAGUGAGUACAACUUGUUAUUUAAACCAAUUACACCUAAUUCUUUUUGAGACGACGUAUAACUUAUCCAGUUGUUAGAAUUGUUUGGCUGAAAUAAGGACUAAAAGUCAGUUCCGUAGCGCGAACAUGAGAAACAAAUUGGAACAUUGUUUAGACUAAGUUAUUGUUUUUAGUACUUAGAGGGAGGGGAGCCACUGUUGUAAACUAUUCCGCAAUUAUGCUUUUAUUAUAUUAUAAUGUUAUAUUGUAUUUACGUGGCGAUUCGCGCAAUCGGUUAACCAAACUGUUUUAGUUCGUAUCUAUAUUUGUCGUGUCUAUGUAUUCUCAACGUCUAAGCUCGCUGUUGCGUUCGUCGACGAAUCGUAUUUGUCAUAAUAUUAUUGGAUUAUUGGGCUAUAUUCAAUUUAGACCCUCAUCUCAUUUUUUUUUGGAAAUUUUAAUUGAUUGAACCGUUUGGUUCAAUCAAUUAAAAUUAAUUUAACAACUCUGUUAUUAAAGUAAAAGAUUUUACGGUAAUGUUGAUUAAUCUAAGAUGUUUGGAGAAAUACUAAUAAUUUAACGCUAUGACAAUAUCUUUUCAAAAAUAAAUUAAAGUCAACGCCGAAGUCGCAAGUUGAAAUUGAAAUCUUAAAAUAAAAAACAUUACAGAUUUGUUUUAAAUAUUUGUUUAACGACACUUGACGUAACAGAAUUUGAAUUUCACUACAAAUAAAUUUAUAUUCAUAGUUUUUAUUCUUAGAAUUGAAAUUCUUUUUCAUCGCACUUUAUUAAACUAGAUCGGUUUUCUGCUAUAAAAAGUUCAAUGUGACAAAUACGAGUAUGUUUGAGUUUGCCGACGGCUCAACGUUGACAGCGAGGUUGACGCUUAUAGAAUACGAUAGAAAAUUAGUUUUGUUGCGAUGUGUUUAAUGAUGAGCGAGUGAGAGGAAGUUGUUAUUUGUCUAUAAUCUAGCUACUGGGUGUUGUAAUGCGACUGCGCUGUUUGUAGUACUACCAUUUGCCUGUACUGCGGUAAUUUUGACUUUAAUUUAAUAUCUGUCUAGUGAGAAAUGUAAUAAAAUUACACAAAGCUUUUGGUCUUGGAUGGCGAUAAAUAUCAGUAUGAGAAAAUUAUACCGUCUUUAAGUUCAAUAAAUUAAAUAUAAGUAAUCAAACAUUGUAUUCUGUACUCAAAUUAACAAACAAUCACUCUAACUCAUAGUACAGGAGCUGGUGGCAAUAUAUUCGCAGCGCAGUGACAGUCGACUGUCGUAUGGCAUUUAACUGGCGCUUGUCGCAUUUGGCCGCGCAUUUAAACCCCGAUAUUAUCCGUUACAUAGGUAUAUUGUAAUAUAUUAUAACUAUCAUGCAAUCUUAUACUGUGUCGGCGACUCCAUUGCUGUUGUGUUGGACAGUAAACAUUCACUGAGCUCUCAAAAAUACGUUAUGAAUUUAAGAUGUUUAUUUUUUUAAUUUGGUAAGGAGCUCAGUCUUAAGUACUUUUUAUUUGAUCAAAUUGAAAUCUAUAUCUAAAUAAACUACUAAGUAAUAUGUAUUUAAACUUAAGACUACUUGAUUUCUUUUGUGAAUGUAACAAGUGAUUUUGAGCAAACCUUGCUAUAUGCUGUCCAGAUACCUUAUUUAUAAUUUGUUACUUUUUUAUUGUAACAAUAUUUUACCAAUAAUACUUUCUUGAUACAAAUCUUUGUUGUUUUGACAUGUAUUCAAACAUUUUUAAAUUCCUGACAUUCCAUAUGGGUAAAACGGUAUCCAUAAUAAAAACCAAUAACUCUUAGACUAUAAUAACGUUUCUAUUUCUACAUAACAGCAAUGGACAUCGCAUUCGUAAUAUUAGAUAUUAAUAAAAUAAAUCAAAUAAUAUUUGCGUAUUGGAGCUACUGUAACUAAAGGUCGCUUCAAACAAUCGUCAUUUUACGCUUCACGUACGCUUGUAUGCUCGCGAACAGCAAAUUAUUUUAUUUGUUUGACCAUGACCAAUGAGUUCACAUCUUGUAGUUACUACGACUGCAGUUACUGUGGUCGCAGACAAGCGUAGGCCAGGCGUAUGUCAGGCGUACAAUGACGAAUAGGAGUCGAUCAGGCGCUGUCAGUAGACAAGAGUCACUCGAUGUUAGCGUCAUAUUUUUCGAUGUUAAUACAUUUUAAAUCGAAUACAAUUUGAAUGUUUCAUAAUUAUCAUAAUUAUUGUAAGUAGGAGACAUUAAUUGCUCAGUUUGUUUUGUGUUUGAAAUUUUUAAAAAUUUCAACUGAUAAAAAUAAACAUUUUUGUAUUAUUUAUUCAAUAAAUGUUAAUAAAAUCAGAA